GUCCGAGGGAGACAGAGACCAACAAGCUCCCAGCCAAACAAGAGCUAAAUUCCUCCUCCAGAAAUUUCUCAUUUUUAAACAUUUUCAAAUUUUCAUCAAGUUCACAUUGCGAAAAAAGACCAGAACGUUGCAAACGUAAAGAAAUCUGAACGUCGCUUGAAAAUCUUGGAGAAGAAGGUUGAAAGGCAGGAUUCGAGGAGAAGAAGGUCUUGUUACUCAAUAACCAACUGCAUCCAGAGCAAACGCCUUACGCCUAAAUUUGAAGGAGUCGUUGAGAAAGGGAUCGAUGCAUUUUAAGGGGGCAACUUCCGAGCAGAACGAGACGUUGUCCUUGGACGGGAUGGAGGUCAACCAGAAAGCGGUCAAACGACAGAAGGCCCUCGUCCCCACGAAGGAGAAAGUCGACAAGGGGGAAAGUUCUCAAGAUAAUGGACGACUUCCUCCUCACUCCGUCCAAACACCACGUGGCGAUAACCAUGUGCACUCUCAGUCAUCCAACAUCACGUUAUCCAAAGCCAAGAAAAUCUUCCCAUGCAAAACGUGCCUCCGUCCCUUCACCAACGGAACCAGUGCUCACCUCCACGCCCGCACCCAUCUCAACUCCCACGAGCUGGAGAAGACCUCAGUUUUCCAUGUGAAAUGUCCCCACUGCGCAAAAGCAUUCUUCCAUCGUCGCCACUUUACCGACCACGUGAACGCGCACGAGGGUCGGAAGAACCACGUCUGUCCCGUUUGCAAGCAGAAGUUCACCCGGAAAGCAACUUUGGCCGGUCAUUUCAUCGUCCACAUGAGCCGCGAGGAGCGCGCGGCGGUGCAGCUGGGAUGGCGACACGGCUGCUACUUCUGCAGCAAACAUUUCAAAAGUCAAUCCCAUCUCAGUUGUCAUUUUGUGACUCACACGAAGGAAAAAGUGGGCUGGAAGUGUCACGUCUGUAGGAAAACUUUCUCCUCCAAAUAUUCCCUCAUCAGACAUCGGUUCGCCCAUCUCUCCGAGGACGAGAAGGUCGCUCUCGUGAAACAGGGGUCGAGUCGAGUCUGCCUAUUUUGCCGCAAGAUAUUCCCCGACAACGACACUUAUCACAUUCACCUGGUCUCCCACACGAAGGAGAAACCCUUUCCCUGCGACCAGUGUGGGGCGCUGUUCGGUCAUCAGAGUGUCUUAAACUUGCAUAAGCGGCUUCACAGCGCGGAUCCGCGACCAUUCCAGUGCUCCGCGUGCGAGCAGGCCUUCACUACGAAACAAUAUCUGGGCAGCCACAAGAAGACGGUUCACCGGAAGGUGAAGGACUUCGCGUGCCCCGAGUGCGGCAAGAAGUUCGGCAUGAAAAGCAAUAUGGUGACACAUUUGAACAAUGUUCACGUCAAAAUUCGGCACCCUUGCCCCCACUGCGGGCACAUAUUCACGCAGAAAGGCAACCUUGGGAGGCAUUUGAAGAAGCUUCAUCCCCAAGAGUAAAGUCCUUCCUUUGUCGACUGACCCCUCGUCAAAUUUCAUUUAAUGUUUCCAUGCGUUAGAUUUUUAUAUGUUCCCAAUGUCACCAUUUGUGACGAGAUAAUUCUUCUUGUACGACUGAUAAAAAUGGAAUAAUUGAAUUGUUAAGAUGUAAACAUGACCCGAUUUUUGUUACCGUUUUGACCACGACGAUUUUUACGUAGUAAAGUCAUUCUUUUUAUGCAAAA